AUGAAGCUGACUGCUUACUUCAAGGGACCAGAUAAGCUUUGCCAUAGUAAGGGAUAUGAUCAGGGUUCAGGUUCAUCAAAUGUUGUGCUGAUUAAGACAGAACAUGAGUUUAAUAGCUCUCUCAAAGACGUUCAAGGUAAGUUUAUAUCUCCUGUCACAACAAAACUUAGCGACGAAUACCCUCAUGUACCUACUUACAAGAUCGACGUUGAUCAGGAAGGCUUGAACAGCGUGCUGACCAGAUUGGUUAUAACUUACAGGAGGUUAUCCAACAAUAAUCUGAAUGGUCAUUUUCCAUACAUCAGCGACAUGGGAGUCCUUAGCUCUCUGGACAUCAGCAACAACAACUUCGAUUCAUCAAGUUUUCCUUCAUUGUAUCAUCUCUAG